AACAUGCGCUUCUGUCAAGCUGAACUCGGACUCACUUUGAACACCACAGAAAAGUUCAAGCCACAUUUCCAGCAUCCAGAAUGACUAAUGAAUGUCGUGAAGAUCAUCACAAAGCGACAAUGAUAUACAUCUGAAACAUCACUAUAAAUCUGGAGACUGAGAGAUGGGGAAGUAUUUCUUCAGUGAAACAGACAUCAGGAACACAUGGGAACAGGUUCUGGCUGCGUUCUGGCAGAGAUACCCGAAUCCGUACAGUACUCAUGUUUUGACAGAGGAUGUGAUCUUUCGUGAGGUGACUCCAGAUAACUGUCUCCUUUCUCGCCGUCUCCUCACAAAGACCAAUCGGCUGCCUCGGUGGGCAGAGCGAAUCUUCCCCGGUAACCUAUCGCGAUCUGUUUACAUCGUAGAGGACUCUGUCGUCGACCCUAGCAACAGACGCCUCACUACGCUAAGCUGGAACUUAAACCAUUCCAAAUUAAUGACAGUGGUGGAGCGAUGUGUGUUUCAUGGUGAUCAGGAGAGGCCUGUUUGGACACGUUUCACACGAGAAGCCUGGAUCUCAUCAGGAGUGUUUGGUCUGUCGAGGCCUAUACAGGAGUUUGGAUUGUCCAGGUUCAAGAGUAAUCAGAUGAAGGCUAUGAACGGUCUGGAAUAUGCGCUGUCUAAACUACAGAAAUCAGCAGCUCAGGGUCACCAUGCUGACGCGUCUAAAGAUUCACCGAAGAAGACGGAGAACCUGGCAGCUUCCACCAGUUCGCAAAAACCGCAACAAUACGCCUGAUAAAUCCUUUUCUCAUCUCCAGCAAACUUGACGGUUUUAAUGUUGUGUGUUAAUGUCCAGGAAAAUAAUGUUAACCCUCAAUUGAAUGUUUACUGUGGAUCAAAUGUUGGAAAGUGAAAUCAUUAGUGAUGAAGUGAAGGUCAAAGGAGAUAAUCUAGAUCACUGGGGAUAAAAUACUGUGAGCUGAUUAACUUGUAUCAUAUUUUUUUAAAGCUAGGACAUGGUUCAUGAGUAAAUUUAUUUCUGUAUCUGACCAGGGUUUGUUAAAACAGUGCAGGAUGUUUGCUGACUAAUAGAACUGUUCCCGUUUUUGUAGUGAAAAAGUCCUCUUGAAAACUUCAAGUGAAAAUUCUGUGUGUAAACGUCCUCAUUAAUGUCCUUGUCCUCGUUUCUCACGUUCACUUGAGCAUGCCUGCAGUGUACACUAGGUUCAGGUGGUGCGUUUACUUGUCUAUUCCCAAACAAUGCAUGAAAGCAAGAUAUAAAAUGUAAAUUAUUCAGUCAUGUUCACACUAUUUGCUGGAUGAAACCUCAGGGACAGAUGUGUAACGUGACCUCAUAACAUUUAUUUGUCAUAGUUAAGUGCUCAGGUUCUGUUUCAUGUGUUUUAGCCUUUUAUUGAGGAUGAUCUGAAUAUUAUGCACAACAUGUAUCAUGUCACUUCUUUUAAUGUAAUGUUUUAUGUAUGUCAUGCAUAAGGGAGCAUUUUGAUUCAUUCCUUACUUUCUGAACUACAAUUUUAGAUUGACUUAGAAGUAAAGAGGUUGCAGAACUUUAUUAAAUAAAUAUUUACAUGUG